UCCAAGGACCUCCGUCUACAGCAGAGUCUCCUGGAAAACAAACACAGUAUUUCCAUUCUUCCUCUCUCAGCAUCCACUGCAGGAGAGGAAAAACAGAAGAGAUCAGGAUUCACUGGAUGUGAAACAAAUUUUUCACGGGGUGGGAAUACAAACAGUUUUGCGCAAAUGUGUAUUAUAACCCAGAGGAGAUCACAACCUCCAUAUGAAUGGAGGGUCCUUGUCUGACCCACAGCGAAGUUUGGAAAGUUAGCUCAGGGAUAAGUCAAAUCCUGUAUAACCCAUGUUGAAUGACACCAUGGUGGAUAUCAAGCCGAUGGAAGCCUGUGAACACACGGAAACAGCUGCCCAGGAAGAGAUCCCCUCAAUCACCCAGCCAGCAGUAGCCAGAAUGGAUCAGCAUUACUCAGUUGCCCCACAAGACCCAGGGCUGGUGGGCUGUUUAGCCUCUCUCCCAGGGCCAGCUCAGGAUGGUGCUCUCCAAUGUGACCUGCUCAGUGGUGAUGGGAGCAGUGAGCUUACAGGUGAGCGUCUCACACGAAGAGAACGCUACACCACGAACAGACAACAGGCCAGCCAAGAAAUAACCAUCCUGGUAACCAGCCAUGAGUCGCCAGACAUCGAGAUGGAGUUGGAAGAGGCAGAAAAUGUUGACAGCUCUGGCAGUGUUGACUCAGCGACUUUAGCUGAGUGUGGGGAACCAGCAGAAGAGGACACUUUGGACGCCUCUGCGGUUGUGGCAGAUUUAAUCAAGCUCAGUCAGAUGCAACAGACCAGUAUGACAAGUAACAGUUCAGCAAAUCACAGCACUAGCUCAAAUGAGCAUGUCCUACCAAAGACUGACAGUCACAAAGAAAAUUAUACUGAGCAAGUUCAGACUAACAGUCAACAAAUCACACAUGCAACCAUUCCACAGUUGACAGAGACAAGUUGCACCAGCAUGUCUACAAGCAUCAAAUUCAAAUCUGCAGAGCACAAAAUGUGUCCCGAUACAAAGUCUCCGCAGAGGUUGGGAAAGACGGAAAAUAGCACAGCACUAGAGCAAACCGAAUCUUCAGAACACAGAGACUUAACGCAGGUCUCCGAGGGGGAACAAGACCGAUCACCUGGGCAACACAUCCAAACACAGGUCAGUCUGGAGGUUAUGUACCAAUCAGUGGCCACCAGUCCCAUGACCCCUCCAGAAGGUUCCACUGCCUUCUUCUUCCAGUACUCUCUGAGCAAGCUGGGUUGCAGUGGGCAAGGUGAAGCUGCUUCAGCAGUGGAGACGAGGGAUGCUGAGCUCCAGGUUGGUGUGCAGGUGGAGUUCAGGUCAGUUUCUACAGCUCCCAUGACCCCUGUAGCAACAACAGCACCUGAGCUACAGCAUGAGACUCGUUCUGUUGCUACAGCUCCCAUGACUCCUGUAGCCACAAGAGCAGCUGAGCUAUAUGUGGAGACUCACUCAGUUGCCACAGAUCCCAUGACGCCCAUAGCUAAGAGCGCACCUGAGUUACAGGUGGAUACUUGUUCAAUUGGCACAGUUCCCAUGACACCCCUAGCAGCAAACACAACUGAGCCACAGGUAGACACUCGGUCGAUUGCCACAGCUCCUAUGACACCCAUGGCAACAAAAGCACCUGAGCUACAGAUAGAGACUCGAUCUGUUGCCACAGCUCCUAUGACACCCAUGGCAAAAAAAGCCCCUGAGCUACAGGUAGAGACUCAAUCGGUUGCCACGGCUCCUAUGACACCCAUAGCAACAACUGCACCUGGGCCACAGGUAGCUAUUCGAUCAAUUGCCACAGCUCCUAUGACACCCAUGGCAACAAAGGCAUCUGAGCUACAGCUAGAGACUCGAUCAAUUGCCACGGCUCCAAUGACACCUAUAGCAACAAGUGCACCUGAGCUACAGAUAGAGACUCGUUCAGUCGCCACAGCUCCUAUGACACCCAUGGCAACAAAGGCACCUGAGCUACAAGUAGAGACUCGAUCAAUUGCCACGGCUCCAAUGACACCUAUAGCAACAAGUGCACCUGAGCUACAGAUAGAGACUCAUUCAGUUGCUACAGCUCCUAUGACGCCCAUAGCAACAAGUGCACCUGAGCUACAGGUAGAGACUCGUUCGGUUGCCACAGCUCCUAUGACACCCUUAGCAACCAGGGCACCUGAGCUACAGGUUGAGACUCAUUCGGUUGGCACGGCUCCCAUGACACCCAUAGCAACAAGGGCACCUGACUUGCAGGUAGAAACUCGCUCAGUUGCCACAGCUCCUAUGACGCCCAUAGCAAGAAGUGCACCUGAGCUACAGGUAGAGACGCGUUCGGUUGGCACAGCUCCCAUGACACCCAUAGCAACAAGGGCACCUGACUUACAGGUAGAGACUCGUUCAGUUGCCACGGCUCCUAUGACUCCAAUAGCAACAAGAGCACCUGAGUUACAGGUAGAAACACGUUCAGUUGGCACAGCUCCUAUGACACCCAUAGCAGCAAGUGCAACUGAACUACAAGUAGGACAGCAGGUGAGGUCUCAUUCAGUCACCAAAGGUCCCAUGAGUCCCACAGUUUUUAGCUCCUCUGAGCUGAUACCACAGCCUGAACCACGGGUGGAGGCUGGCCCAGACAAAGCACCAGAGCCUGAACCACGGGUGGACGCCAGCCCAGACGAACCCCCAGAGCCUAUUCGGGAGGUGAGCUGGGACGAAAAAGGGAUGACCUGGGAAGUGUAUGGUGCUGUGGUGGAGGUAACCGUUCUGGGCACUGCCAUCCAAAAACACCUAGAGAAACGGGUGAAGAAACAAAGAGAACCAUCUGCAGCCAUGCUGGCUGUGACCCCACCACCAAACACCACAGAGUUAACCACUCCCCUUCAGUCCAGCCCACCUGCAACAUCAGCAUCCAGCCGGUGCAGUUCAGCCAGAGGAAGCCGGAAGAAAGAGGAGGGGAGAGGCACCAGGGGCAGACGCCGGCAAAACCCUUUCCGCCUCCUCUUCAGGAACAUGCGGAGGCCAAACUGCUGCUCCCGGGCACACUCUGAGGAGAGACACUGAAACCACAGAGCUUCAAGACAGUUACAGCUACAGCAGUCAAACAGUGAGCCUGACAGUGAAGCAACUGUAUGUUCAAUUAUACUGUAGGUUCAGAACAUUGACAAGAUCUUUCGCAUUAUAUGUCUUCUACAGUGGUAUCCAUGGGUCCUGUCCAGUAAAAGGAUCUUUCCAGUGUUCAGGGUCCACCUUAAUGGCAGGAUUGGAAUAAUUUUCCUGUUUUUCUGGUUUUGCCUGUAGAGGACACUGAGUCCUGAAUAACUCAGACCGUUAUGGCUGGGACACAGUGAACCUGUUCCCAAUAAAGUUUGCUGUUCAGAUUGGCUCUGAUAGGCUGGUAAGACAGCACUGAGUGCGAUUAGCCUCUGGAGGAGGCAUGUGCUUGCCCACGCCCGCCAACACUGGUAGUUAAUGUGCAAUACAGCAGUGACCUACAGGAGUGGAAAAUGGCUGUAACUAACCAGGAGAAAUUCAUUAGGAAUAACAAUGAGCAUCACUUCUGUAGGUAUCAUAUAGUUUGCUAAGUUAUGCUACAUUUGGAGAUAUGAUAAGAGCAUAGACAAUCCUCAUUUCUAUCCUUAUUUGUUUGGCUUUUAUUUUCAUUGUGCUUGAACCUCGGUCAGAGCAACGUCUGUUUGAAGUGCUCUUUAUGUGCUUUACUUGGCUUUCUCUUUCUUUAUACUCAGAUUGACUACAAAUGUCAGAGAUUCAUUCAAGAAGAAUGUUGGUGUUUUUGGAGUGAAUGUGUGUAUUUUAAGAAAGUGUAACACACAGAUGUCCACUUUGAGGCCAUAUUGAGUUUUGUGUUUUUGAAAAUGUUCCUUAAAUGAAGUUACAGAUUGAUUAGAUGAUACAUAUAUAUGGCAAAGACUGAAUGUAAAGCAAGACUAUUCUAGGUUCUGAGUCCAAGGCGAGCCAUCGAUGGUGUGAUUUCUCAGUGCUCUUUCUCGAGCUUUUGUAUCUUUUUUUGUAUAAUUUUAGUGGCUUCAACCUAUUAUUGUGGUCCAGCAGAGUGACUUGCAGUCACCUCAGGCCUUAUCAUUUAUGUUUUGUGCUUGUAAAGUGAAAUUGUAAAGUGAAAUGGCUAUAUUUAUAAAUGUUUUAAAAUUAAAUAAUGUUGGACAAUCUGUCUGUCCUAUACCAGACAAAAUUUUACUGAAUAAGUUGAUUGUUAUUAUAUCGUCAUCGUAGCCAUCACCUCGACAUCUCAAGCUCCGUAGAUGCAUGUUAAGGACUGUCAUUUUCUUACUCUCAAUUGACUGAUGAAUUUUUAUCACAGUCUUUUGCUGAUUUAUGAUGCCCAAUUUGAACAUAAACAUUUGACAUCUG